GACACUCAGAGGGACUUGGCUCUCCUUUUGAAUCCUGCUCAUCUUCAGUUUUCUUCUGCUCAAGAACUGACAAUCUUUACCUCUGCAACCAUGAUGAGAAAGGCAAUGUCAACAUCUGGUAGCAGCACCAGGAAGUCCUAUGGACCAAGCAGCACCUACUCCGUGAAAAGAACCACCUAUUCUUCUGGUGGUGGUUCUGGUCUUGGCUUUAGCAUGUCUUCGAUGGGUAGUGGUGUUGGUGGUUAUGGUCUUAGUUCCAGCCAAACAGCCGGUGCUUUCAUUGCACCACCGAUCACAGCAGUCCAAGUCAACCAGAGCCUGCUGGCCCCACUGAACCUGGAGAUUGACCCCAGCAUCCAGGCUGUCCGCACCCAGGAGAAGGAGCAGAUCAAGUCCCUCAACAACCGCUUCGCCUCCUUCAUUGACAAGGUCCGUUUCCUGGAACAGCAGAACAAGAUGCUGGAGACCAAAUGGAGCCUCCUGCAGGACCAGACCACCACCCGCUCCAACAUUGAAGGCAUGUUCGAGGCUUACAUCGCCAACCUGCGCAGACAGCUCGAUGGGCUGGGCAAUGAGAAGGUCAAGCUGGAGGGAGAACUCAAGAACAUGCAGGGCCUGGUUGAGGACUUCAAGAGGAAGUAUGAGGAUGAAAUCAACAAACGUGCAGCUGCAGAGAAUGAGUUUGUGCUCCUGAAGAAGGAUGUUGAUGCUGCCUACAUGAACAAGGUGGAGCUGGAGGCCAAGGCUGAUGCUCUUCAGGAUGAGAUCAACUUCCUCAGGGCCGUCUAUGAGGCUGAGCUUCGUGAGCUGCAGGGCCAGAUCAAGGACACCUCUGUCAUUGUAGAGAUGGACAACAGCCGUAACCUCGACAUGGAUUCCAUUGUGGCUGAAGUGCGUGCUCAGUACGAGGACAUUGCUAACCGCAGCAAGGCUGAGGCAGAGAUGUGGUACAAACAGAAGUUUGAGGAGAUGCAGUCCUCUGCCGGACAGUAUGGUGAUGACCUGCGCACAACCAAGGCUGAGAUUGCUGAGCUGAACCGCAUGAUCGCCCGUAUUCAGAAUGAGAUUGAGGCUGUCAAGGGACAGAGGGCAAACCUUGAGGCCCAGAUCGCAGAGGCUGAGGAGCGUGGUGAGCUGGCAGUGAAGGAUGCCAAGCUCCGCAUCAGGGAUCUGGAGGAAGCUCUCCAGAGAGCCAAGCAGGACAUGGCCCGCCAGGUGCGCGAAUACCAGGAGCUGAUGAACGUCAAGCUGGCCCUGGACAUCGAAAUUGCCACCUACAGGAAACUGCUGGAAGGAGAGGAGAGCAGACUGGCCAAAGGAGGCACCAGCGCAACCAUCCACGUGCAGCAGUCCUCCGGAGGUGGUGGAUACUCCAGCUCCAGCACCAGCGGUGGAUAUGGCUUUGGUGGCAGCAGCUUGGCUGGUGGUUAUGGCGGUGUUGGUGGAACUAUCACCAAGUCCACAGUCACAUCAACCAGCAGCAGGAGAGCCUAUUAAAAAGGAGAGCCGUCCCUCUUCCCCUUCAGAAACUUCUGAAAUUCAUCUAAAUCUGUACCCUUUCAAGAUUUUAUGCAAUACUGUCAUGUUCAACAAGAGAGCCGAAUAUUCCAAAAACCAGUGAUUCCUAACAUCAUAGACCAAAAAAAAUAUACUCAUUGGAUUGUGUUACACUGCCACCAUUUGUUUCUCAAGGAUCACUGGCCGCUUUUCUUACUCUGUACUUCAGCAUCAUUUAACAUGAGUUUCUGAAGGCAAAUUUGGCCUUAAACACACAAGGGCCAGGUCAGUUAGCGAGGCAAAAUUUGUUUUCUUUCUGCACUGGCAUGAAAAAAAAUAAGAAAAAAGUGCAAAAAAACAAGGAUUUUCAUGGGAUGUUAAAACUAAGCAAGGAAAGUAUUUGAAAGUCUGUACUUGUCAACUUAGAUAAUUUUUCCUCUGUCAUGCACUGAUGAACUACUCUAAACUGAGAUGGGAAGAGGAAUUAUAUUUUUAAGCUCCUGUUCUCAGUUGAUAAUUCCUACAUUUGAGUUCUGACAUUAGUAAAAAGAGCAAGUCAAUGACCAAAUUGAAUCACCAGAGAAUUCAACUAUGAGAAAUUUGUGUGAUGUUACAUGUUUACAGUUGAACUCUGAUUGGUUACUGGCUCGUUCCUUUUUACUGUUCUGUCAAAUGUUUCCUUGCUUAGUUUUGCCUUUCCUUGCCUUCAAGCUAAAACUAUGUUGAAACCAGAUUUAUUUUGUAAAGCAACUUGACUGAUGAGUGUUGCAACAAAUUACAUCAAAUCCAUCUGAAUAAAAUAAAUCUGAGAACCAAAA